AUCGCACCUAAUCCGGUCGCCGAAUGACUCGCUCCAUGUCAUGAACCCUUUUGAAGAGGGAAUCGAUUUGGUCUUCACUGCUACCGUCCCAGAUGAUAUCGUAAAGCGCUAAUUAGGGUUAUCACAUCGCAAUUACUACUCAUCACUGGUCUCACAUUAAGUAACUUGCUUUACGCGGCCGAUCAACGUGACAUCGCUUCGUCUUCAUUGUUCCAACAUGAGCUAUCAGGAAUCCAACCCCGACCUAGAAUCGUUCCGGGAGCAGUGGAGGGCCGAGGUCCGGGCGAGACACCCGGUGCCUGCCUCUUCUCUUCAACAACAGCAGCAGAAUGCGGCCGCUGGUCCGGCCACAACCGCAAAUUCCGCCAGAGCAGCACGUCCCAUAGACCCUCGUGGUAAACCGCCACCGGCAACUAGAGUGCCGGCAGUGAAGAAAUACGAUGAUGAAGAUGAGGCACUUGUACAGCCGCCGGCAUUUGACGAGCCUGCGCCCACCGGAUCAACAUCCGUCCAAGAACGCGGGCCGGCGAAGGGCCUGGCAAAGACAGAACCCGUUACGGCACUCGAGCACUACGAGAAAGCGGUGGAGAGAGAGGCGGCGGGCAACCUCGGAGACAGCUUGAGGCUGUAUAGGAAGGCAUUCAGGAUGGACGAUAGCGUGGACCAAAAGUACAAGAAUAAGCAUUUUCCCAAACCACCCCUGAAGCCCGUAGCAGCAGCCUCAUCUGGCAGCUCAAGGGAAGGCGCUGCGUCUACUCCCAAGGCAGAACAGCCGCAAUCUAUGAAGGACCUGAUCGCCAGUUUCGCAGGUCUGUCAAUCGAACCUGUGCCUCCCGAGAUCGAGGGUAUGCCACAGCCCCCCUGCCCAAUCGCAUCCCUUCCAACUGAGAUUCUGGUCCACAUACUCAGGGACGUGGCUAUUCUCGACAUUGGCGACUUUGUGCGCCUCAGCCAGGUCUGUAAACGUUUUGCCUACCUCGUGGCCACUGAAAACCGCAUCUGGCGGCGCAUCUGCCUUGGUACAGAGUUCGGCUUUGGCGGCAUGCACUACUAUUGGCAACGCCAAAUAACCUGGGACCCGCUCACUGAAGCCGACCUACUCCGCGAGGCAGAGGAAGCAGCAGCCACAGCCGCAGCAGAGGCGGAAGCAGCGACAGAUGCCGAGGAUUCCACCACCACCACCUCCGCCCUCCCGUCACCGGCAGUCGAACUCUCCCUCUCGGCGCGCGCUCAACGGCACGCCGAGGAGAGCGCCGCCAACACGCUCGCCUUCUACCGGGCCCUGUACUCGUCCUCGUGGCAGCGCAUGUUCCGGUUCCGGCCCCGGGUGCGCUUCAAUGGCUGCUACAUCUGCACCGUCAACUACAUACGCGCGGGUCAGGCCAGCCCGCACACGACGACGUGGAACACGCCCGUGCACAUUGUUACCUACUACCGCUACCUGCGCUUCUUCCGCGACGGCACGUGCAUCAGCCUGCUGACCACGGCCGAGCCCGCAGACGUGGUGCAUCACCUGACCCGCGAGGCCGUCACGUCUGGUGUGGCCAGCAACAACGCGGCCAGUCAGUCGGCGCUCAAGGGCAGGUGGCGUCUUGCCCGCGAGUCAGAUAACCCCGGCGCGAGCAUCAGCGAGGUUGAGGGGGAUCUGAUGAUCGAGACGGAGGGCGUGGCGAAGUAUAUAUACAGGCUGGAUCUGGCGUUCAAGACGGCCGGGAGGGCCGCCAAGAACAAUAAAUUGGUCUGGAAGGGGUUUUAUAGCUAUAACACCCUCACCGGCGACUGGGCUGAGUUUACCCUGAGGGACAAUACUCCCUUCUUCUUCAGCCGGGUCAAGAGUUAUGUGGUUAGAGGGGAGUAAGCGGUAAAAGGUGUCCGAGGAUGAGUAAAUGAACAGGGCUUUCGGGUGCCAGCGUCUUGUAAAAAGUAUUGAUAUGGUUCAUGAGAACUAACGGUAUAUGUUGGUGGGCUUGAAAGGGGUUGAAGGAACAGGCAGGGUUAGAAUUCCAGUAGGCCUUAGUUAGAAUCAGCGUAACAGCGAAGAACAAACGAGCAUGAUAGAUGAGAAACAACCUCUAGAAGCGGUUGAUC